AUGUCGGCACAUCGAUUGAGAGCUCGGAGAAAAGGGCUGACAACAGAAAGGCUGAGUCAAAACUCAAGGGAUGGAUUGGAACGGGUUCAGCAAAAGACAGUCGCCAAGAAUACAGUCAUUAGAGAGAGCAAAAUAACGACAAUGUUCGAGCUCGACAACUCGAACAUCAAACGGCACCUUGAAGUGCUGUGCACAUGCUACUUAGCGAGUCGAUUUAAUAAGCAUGGAAUUGGUGCACGCUUGAGGAAAGAAGUGAUUAACGCUGAACUGAGCUCGCUGAAUACGAUGGUAGAUUUGAUGAAGUUUAAUUAUCCCUCGCUCUUCGUCAGGGGGAUUUACCCACAGCGGCAAAAUAGCACUUGCUCUUGUCGAAAUGGCCUUUUCUGCGUGGCGUGGAAGAUUCUCUUCUCCGAAGGCUGUAGUUGGUUCAAGCUAGCCGCAAGUCUCGAGAUCUUCACGCUUUUCUUGGCCGCCAAUCCGGAACAUCAGAUGAGCUACCCGAUUCUUGGUCAGCGAUUCACUGCCAGUUUGCUUCAACAUUCCGACAUUGAAGAUUUCAUAAAGAAGAAAGGAUGGACGGACUUGCAAAACUACUUUCAAAAGAACAUGCAAGAAGCUUCGGCGUCGACGGAUCAAUCAGAAAAGCUCACGUUUGCUGAUUAUUUUACAAACACGAUUACGCUUGGGUACGAUUUGAAUAAUAAGUUGGAGGCGUAUAAGCCGGUUUUCAACGCGCUCUUCAUUUUCUUGAUAAUUGCGAAUUUGAUACUCUAUCUUCACUGCCGGAGUUUUCACUGA